AUGGCGUCCCAGCACAUCUCUGCCGGCAUAGCGUACCUUACCGACGCCGCACAUCUUCUGUAUCAAACAGCCCCGGAGACGUCUGCUCAUCUGAUGAAGCAGCGCAACGACUUGAUGCUGCGCAACGGCCUCGCCCAACACCCCGUGCAGCGACAACACGUCUGCGGUGCCUGCGGACACAUCAUGAUUCCCGGGCUGGGAACAUCAACGACAUCCCUCAAGCUGGAAGCUCGCAAGUCGCGCCGCGGCGGAAAGGAGGCGGCGACGAACAAGGAGCAAGAUGGGUCGGCCGAAAGAGGCGGGCCAACCCAAGUCAUAACGUGCGGUCUUUGCACGCGGGUUACGCGGACCGAGUUGCCAGCGCCCGAACCAGUGGUGCGUCGCAAAGCUGGCCGGCCAUCGUCGACGCCGGCAAACAAGGCCGGACCAUCGGACCGCAAGAUGACGGCCAACGCAAGCACCAAGAAGCGCGCCAGGAGUCGAAAAGGAGGCUUGCAGGCGCUGCUCGCUGGACAGCAACAGAAAUCGACCAGCUCACUGUCGCUGGCCGAUUUCAUGGCGUAG